UAUUAUUUUUUAGGGGAACUCCACGUGCCGCUGGAAGUGUGUGGCGCAGUUGUGAAGCGCGAGCUCGACUUUUGGCAGAUCAACGAAAUGGAGAUAAAAGCUUGCUGUUGGCGGCACUACAGGUCGUACAUUGAGAACCAGCACAUCCUAGAUUCAUUUAACCACAGCCUCCGGAGCCAGGCAGUGGACAUUGACCUCAAUAUACUCACCGGAUGGGAAAAAAUCCAGUGGACGGUCUGGCUGAUAUUGGAAUACCCCAGGACGUCAAGAAUCGCAAUGGUGAGCGUAGAUAUUGCACGCCUAGGGGUGAUAACGGUGGGGGGGGUGAGGGGGCACUGUUAAGAAAGCUUAACAGGCACAUAAUAAUUGCACAUAUAAUUUGAACUUUAUUUUAUUCUUACUUUUUGUUCAUCCCCAUUUAGAAACUUUAAAAAACUAUAAUUCACUACAAGCGUGUGCCUCACCAUCAGAGCCCCCACCCUCUGCGCCCCACCCCCAGAGCCCCACACCCCAGAGCCCCACACCCUUAACCCCCCUUAGACCCCACCCCCUGAAUCCCACCCCCUGAGCCCCCACCCUUAGAACCCCACCCCCCAGAGCCAAGACCCCACCCCCUGAAUCCCACGCCCAGAGCCCCAUCCCCAGAGCCACACCCAAGCCCGACGCCACCUCUGGUAUCUGCCGCUUAUGCUCGUGGCACGAAUCAAAAUGAGCUGGCACAUCAGCAUAAAUCUUUUGUAUCACUAUUAGCUCCCAAUAAUUCCUCCCGAGCCGUCCAAGUCAUGUUGAGUCGAUGGCUGACCUGAUGGCAUCUUCUCGUCGUGGAUUCUGUUUUAUCCUCCUCUUUCCUGUUAGGUCCGAGUCUGCUUGGCCGAGAAUAAUUGAUGCGAUGCCAGCCCCCCCACCCCCUUUAGGCAGUGCUUGAUAGGCAAUCUACUGGUCUUGAUGCUGUUCUCACACUGGACAUAGGUUAUCUUCAAAUCUACUUGCCUAUAUGAUAUUCUAUCCGCUGUAAUAGAUCAUCCUUUGAACUACUAAACUAGACUCCUAGAUCUUGUUUUAGCCUUUGACAUAGUUCAACCCAUUUUUAUUUUUCUUCCCAUGCUUUUCAAACUGACAGUUCUGUACAGACUUAUGGUUACAAGAAGCAAAAUUUAUUGAAUAUUACUUUCAUAUUUUAGAAGUUCGGUUGAAAGUAACAAAUGAAAUCAUCAGGGAUGGAAUGAAAUAGAUGAAAACAUCUGCUUUAAGGGCCCAUAAUUGCCAGACACAUUUGUGAUUAUUUUAAAGACGAUACCUUUGUUACACCCAACACAUUUUAAUCAACCAAAAUCGGUUAUAGAAUGUUUUAUCAUGAUAUUAUCAACCCAUCAGCCUGGUUGGGAGGUGGGGGGGGGGGGGCUAUGGGGUAAGGGGGCAAUGAAUCUUAAUGAAAAGGGACUUGGAACGUUUUGAUUUUAUUUCUCAAUGAUUUGGGUAAAAUUAUUUUCAGCUGAAAAAUCCAAAANAAUCAACCAAAAUCGGUUAUAGAAUGUUUUAUCAUGAUAUUAUCAACCCAUCAGCCUGGUUGGGAGGUGGGGGGGGGGGGGCUAUGGGGUAAGGGGGCAAUGAAUCUUAAUGAAAAGAGACUUGGAACGUUUUGAUUUUAUUUCUCAAUGAUUUGGGUAAAAUUAUUUUCAGCUGAAAAAUCCAAAAUUUUUUUUUAAAAAUCGAUUUAUCUUUCUUUGAUUUUUUUUUUUUCAAAAUCCACACACGUGUUGUUAUAAGUCAAUCAGAAAACAGAUUAAAGAUACAGUGGAUAUUGGAAGCCCAAUAAUUUUCUUAUAAAACUUCUCAGCGUGGCUCUAGGGUUUUAAUCUAAUACUAAACCCUCAAACCUAAAGCUGGAAAAAUUCAAAGGUCUAAAACGAUCUUUGUUCUUAUGCUUAUUUUUGGGAUUCUCCUACUGCAGGAUCGGUAGAGGUGCCAAGUCCCUUGACCUAAUUCAUCAGUAAGCCAUUCACGUGAUUAAAAAGUAUCGCAUGAAAUCUGUACAACUUAUGUCUCGAAUCUGUUGCAAAAAUAGCAGCAGUAGAACUGUAAAAAAAUUCUUUUAAAAAAUUAGCUUGUUACUUGCCAAAGAAAAGAACAAACUUGUUUUUGACAGUCAUUACCACAAUCAUAAUAUAUGGGCACUUGGAUUACCACAAUCAUAUUAUAGGGCAAUCGGAUUACCACAAUCAUAAUAUGGGGCCUCCGGGUUACCACAAUCAUAAUAUGGGGCAUUCGGUUUAACACAAUCAUAUCAUAGGGCACUCGGGUUGCCACAAUCAUAUCAUGGGGGGGGCACUCGGAUUACCACGAUCAUAAUAUGGGGCCUCCGGGUUACCACAAUCAUAAUAUGGGGCAUUCGGUUUAACACAAUCAUAUCAUAGGGCACUCGGAUUACCACGUUCAUAAUAUGGGGCCUUCGGGUUACCACAAUCAUAAUAUGGGGCACUCGGGCUACCACAAACAUUUUAUGGGGCACUCGGGUUACCACAAUCAUAUUAUGGGGCACUCGGGUUACCACAAUCAUAUUAUGGGGCACUCGGGUUACCACAAACAUAUUAUGGGGCACUCGGGUUACCACAAUCAUAUUAUGGACAUAUCAUAGGGCACUCGGAUUACCACGUUCAUAAUAUGGGGCCUUCGGGUUACCACAAUCAUAAUAUGGGGCACUCGGGCUACCACAAACAUAUUAUGGGGCACUCGGGUUACCACAAUCAUAUUAUGGGGCACUCGGGUUAACACAAUCAUAUUAUGGGGCACUCGGGUUACCACAAUCAUAUUAUGGGGCACUCGGAUUACCACAAUCAUAUUAUGGGGCACUCGGGUUACCACAAUCAUAUUAUGGGGCACUCGGGUUACCACAAUCAUAUUAUGGGGCACUCGGGUUACCACAAUCAUAUUAUGGGGCACUCGGGUAAGAGCAACAGGAGCGCUCAUUGUAUAGACUUAAUUGCUCUAAGAAUGUGAGUGAUGAAAUAAUAAACUGCUUUAUAAGUCAAGUCACCUCAAAUUUAACCCAAAAAAUUGUAUAGAUUGUGGACGCCAUUGUGACUGAUGUCAAAAAGCACAUGCCUUACAACGUCUAUUUCAUAGCGGAUGAAACAUCGGACAUAUCCGGUCUGUUUAGAGGAGUUUGAUCGUGUGAUUAAGAAAACAUGGCCGCCUGGGUUUAUUGAAUUUAAUGCCGCGUAUGCUCCAACGAUAUCAGACGACGUGGGCGGACACGUGUCUGAAUAGUGAAGUUUUCUAGCCAGACCAGUGUGGCAGACACGUGCCUGAAUAGUAUAGUGUUCUAGUCAGACCAUUGUGGCAGACACGUGUCUGGAUUGUGAAGUUUUCUAGCCAGACCAUUGUGGCAGGCACGUGUCUGAAUAGUGAAGUGUUCUAGUCAGACCAUUGCAGCAGACAGAGUUGUUAAACCAUGACAGGAUUUAUUGCAACUGCGGUGAAGGCAAAUGCCUUUACAUUUUUCUGUCUGGCUCAAAACAUUGUUAUGGAUUGCCAAUCAUUUGGAUUGCUAUGCUGCGAUAACAUCAUACAUUCUUUAGCUAGCGACCAUAACUGUCGACCGCAACUGUCGACCACAACUGUCGACCAUAACUGAUCACCACAAAUGAUUACAAAAAUUGACGACCAGGGUGAGGUAGGCGUAUAAAAAAUAGCAGAUAAAUACUUCUCAAAACUUAAUAAUGCUAGAAACGUAAAUAUUAUUACGUAGAUACUUUUAUUUAAAGUUCGGAAUUGUGAUGAGUUUUUGCAAGAGCAGGUAGAAAUGAUCGCAAAGGACCUACCAUUAAUAACCCGAUAACAUCGGGUAAUAUGUUCUAGAAAUUAAAUAAUUAUAUUCAGAAAUGUCACAAUAGUUCAAUAAAAGCUAUAUUUAUUGAUAUUACUUAUCCUGUCGUUGGGUCAUGCAACUAAAUUCCAACGCACCUUCUACCAAAGGUCGCUAGCCAUUUGAUUAACAUUUCUGAAGGUACUCUUGGUGUCUGUCUUUCAACGAUAUCCAUCUUUUAAAAAAAUCGCAAGGUUGAUCUGAUGUCCAUCAUUCUGAUACUAUUUAAUCCUCAUAAGUAUGUCUAAAUGUGACUCUUCCAGCCUAUUUCUAGAUUUUUAUUUUUUUAUCAUUCAUUUGGCUUAAUCCACGUUCACAAUCGGCGUUUGAUUCAAGAGGUGUAGCACAAAUCUCGAACAGAAUGGCAAUGUCGCCGAAGUGCUCCUCAUGUAUUAAAAAUUGAACCAUCUCGUCGAAAGUCUGAGUAAGCGGAGCGUCUCCGAGGAAACUUGGGGGACGUCCACGUGAUGUUUUGAAUCCUCUUGGCGAGGGGGUCUAGUAAGGAGGUACUGUUCUCCCGAAGCUAAAAAUAAAAGCCCGGCCAACCGCAUGACUCCCAAAGCAACGGGAGUAGUAACGUCGUAACAUGUUUACUUGUUGCCGUUAAUGGAUAUGAGGUUUGGGUGGCGGUUAAAACCCAGGCUGAUGAUUUUAGUUACGCGGCCGUGAGAAAGUCGCUCCUAUGUGACCGUUUCGUCCCAGCUUUCGUCCCGAAAGAAAGACUCCCUGGGCGGUGGGGGGUGGUAACGCAACAACUUCCCUCCGGAGUGGAAGCAAACCAGCCCAGUUCCAAGGAAAAGUGGACUGAGAACGCUUUAAAUGCAGCGUUUUUGGUCGAGCGGACGUCUCCCUGGCAGGGGGGGGGCGAGGUUCCCGGCGUGCCGGGAAACCCGGCGCCUGGUCCGUGUUGAGGCCUGCCGGGGGGGGGGUGGAGGGCGGUGUAUUAAGAGCUCGCGCUCGACGACCCGCCGACGCCAUUUCUGAAUGUGACGUCGAAAGUCAACACACAUUUCAUUUUAUCUGCAAUCAAAAAUCUUAAGUUACAAUACUGAUCCUCAAAUUUCGGCAGAAUUUCAUCAUAGUUUCUAGGGAUGCUGUAUAUUGAGAAACCAGUGCUGCAAGUUCUUCCUGGCCAAAAUUAAAAUCUGAGGUGUCGAUUAACGCUGAUAUCUCAAAGAUUUGCAAUUGCAUCAACUCACUUUCAGGGAAACGAGAGUCCGGGCGCAAACAUAAACAUUCAACGAAUUUUAGGAUGGAACUCGAGUUUAUACCCUCGUUAUUUGAAAACAAUUCAGCAACCUCUUCGGAUCAGUGCACAUUUUCACCAACAACUUCAAAAUGAGUGCAGUUCGAAACGGCGGAUCCCUUAGUUGUUUUUUUCAAACACUACUUAUGAACUGGAUCCUUAUACAGGCCCACUGCUCCUCACAGUAUUGAUUCAACACUUGUAUGUUUCUCAGCACUGCUCGUAAAGCAAAGUGACGCGAAAGCCAUCUGAUUUCAUUCAAUGGUCUACAGCUGACCUGCACAACUCAAAAUGUAAGGUGGGCCGUAAUACUUUAUAAAAAAAAAAACGUGUGUGAUUAUAACGAAAAUAGUACAGGACUCGUGCGGGACAAAAGAAAAUAGGAUAGGAAGGAAAGCUAUUCAGAAAAUAAUAAGAAUCAAAAAUAUUUCGUUACUUUGCGGGCCGCAAAUUGUGUGCUGCAUGCGGCCCACCGGCCUUGUGUUGCGCAGGCUGGGUCUAAAGGUUAUGGAAUAACAUUCCAACACCUUAGCUAUCUCGGUAAACUGGGCUGUCUGUACUGUCGACCUACUGAAGAGUGUACACUGUCCUAAGGAAUGUUUCAAUGUCUGCCAUCAGUGCUCUCAUCUACUAUUAAUUUGUGAAACUUUGCAUUGCAAAGUUCGCUAAUUAUAGCAUCCUUCGCUGCAGAAUAGAUAGAAUUAACAAACUCAAAAGCGUCAUUCUUACUGCGCCAGCUAUCAGGGACUUAGCCAAAUGUAUGUGUAUGUAUUGAACCGCAUUCAUAGAUAAACAUAAUAAUAAUAAAGAUUAUUUGAAAAUCACGCUUCAUCCCCAAAGGCUCGAAGCGCGGUACAUACCACAUGAAGUACAAAAUGCAACAUUUCAAAAACUGCAUACGAGAAUACCCAUUCUAAGUCUUUCAUACCUUUCAACCAUAAACAACACAAGCCAAUAUACAUCUACAAGAUAAUAGCUAGAUAGACAACAUCACCUCAGCAGGUGUUUGCGAAAUAAAUAAGUCUUCAAAUCAGUUUUGAAGACUCCAGUGUCUGGUUGUGUCUGAGAGCGACAGGAAGGGUGUUCCAAAUUUUGGGCCAGUAAAUGCGAAAGUGCGCCCAUCGUAAGUCUCAAAGCGAACACGUGGUAUCGAGAGUUUGCUACUAUCAAAUGAGCGGAGUUGUCUAGUGGGUACAUAAGGCAUCAGUAGCGCUUUGAGAUAGAACGGCCCCAGCCCAUGUGCAAGCAGAUGUAGCACAGAGUUGCAAUUUUGUACUUUAUGCGAGCGUGGAUCGCAGCCAAUGUAACUCUCUCAGAAGUGUUUUAGCAUGGUUGAAAUUGCGUUUUGGAAGAACAAUGCGAGCCGCAUUAUUCUGUGCUUUAGUAAUUUAAUCCAGGAGCGUGGCUGGAAGACCCACCAUAAUAGCAUUGCAGUAGUCUAUGCGUGAUAGCACGAAUGUAGACAUCAGCCUAUUUGAUGCAUCUAACGUUAAAAAAGGUCUGAUAUGACUAAUUCUGCGCAGCUCUAGAAAAAUUGCCUUGCAUAGCAUGUGAAUGUGAUUUUAAAAAGUGUUCUGUCUAAGUAGACACCCAGGUUUCGCACUGUUUGAGCUAACUCGAUCUGUAUACCUGAGAGAAUAAGGGUUUGUGUGUUAUUUAUAUAUUUUAGCUUUUGAGCGGUAGCACUGGGGAUCAGCUCGGCCUUUUCAUCGUUCAAUUUAAGCUUGUUUAGAUGUUUUCAUGUUGAUAGCCAAGAGGACGUUGUAAAUCAAAAUUUUAACCUGGUCUUCUCCAGCAUUGUUACGAUGUGCUGCUUCUUGUCUCAUGUCUCGAUCAUCGACACUCUCUGUAAGCAUUCGCUGUACACCUCCUGACUGUAUAAAUUUAAGUCUCUGUGCAGCAUCUGGGUGUAUUUUUUUUGCUUGAUAUGUUGUUUAGGAUAAUCCAGCUUCCAAACCUCCCACCUUUUCCCUUUGGAGAAAUCACCACCUGCAUAAGCUUUGAAGCACAUUUCACAGACAACAUCAUCAUUAAUUUCAAGAUAUUUAAAAAUAUCACCCAGCGUGACAGUCCACUCUGACGACGAAUAAGGUAGUGCUGCAUGCAUAAAUUCAUUGAGCCAUUUCGUUUUUAAAUGUGAUCUACACUUUUUCUUAGCAAGCGAUGACGCUGACAGUUCGCUUAACUGACGUUUAGACGUAAAGAUUGAAACAUUAUUAAAAAAAAAUUAGCUACUACAUUUAUAAUAAAAAGAUAUUAUGCGAUUCAUUUACUUUAUUCACAUUUACUGCCCAGUAUGCGCCACGAAAUUUACAUAAAUGGUGGCGGGGGUUCAGAACGAGGCUAGCUUGAUUCUGUAUGUAUCGUUAAAUAUGUAAAUCAAUAAUUCUGCGCCAAAAGUAGCAGACAAAAAUAUAGAUGAGAAUCAAAUGAAAAACAUGGAUGUGUAUGCUAUUAAAAAUAUAAAAUUCGGCCCCAGAAUGCAACUUAUCUGUCGAUUUUUUAAAAAUACAAAUUUGCUGCGUGGAUACACAAACUGCUGCGCGGCGUCUGUGAGAUAGCUGCGCGGCGUCUGUGAGAUAGCUGGGCGGCUUAGAUAGAACAUUGAGAAUCGCAAGUGCAUACUAUUUUCUUUUCUUUUUCUGUAAUAGUUUGUGAAUAAUCUGUUGUGUAAAACCGGGUGGGAAUUUUAUUAUUUUAUCUCCGGGGGGGGGGGGGGUUUUUUUUUUUUUGCCUUGGGUGGGGGAGCACUAAUUGGGAUUCUUAUAAGUUGCUUUACUUGUAUACAUGUAUUUUAAAAUUUUAGCUCCAACCUCAGCCCCUCUAUACUAUAUUCAAAAAAGGACUUAUACGAAAAAUAUUUUUAAAGGGUUGUUUAAUUAAUAAGGCCUUUAAAUAAACUUCGAUUUUAUUCGUGGCUGCCUGGCUGGCAGGGUGGCUGCCAGACUAGCUGCAAAAUAUUCGGAUGGCCAAAUGAUCGACUUCUCCUCAACAAAUCGAGCUGAAACUCGGAACAUAGACUCGUUACCGAUGCUAACACAUUUUUUUCGAAUGUUCAGCCCCACCACACAACCCCCAAGUAUCUGUUUUUUCCUGCUUUGGAGGGGACGAUAUUAUGAUGACGCUGACUUCACGAAAUAAAAUUCCCAAUAACUGCGCUAAAAGACAUUAUUUUAAAUAUAUAUAUAUAUAUAUAUAUAUAUAUAUAUAUAUAUAUAUAUAUAUAUAUAUAUAUAUAUAUAUAUAUAUAUNAUAUCGCAAAUGCGUUUGGUGCGUAAUAUGUUCUUUUGUUUUUCUGAAAUAUUGGGUGAAAUAAAUAUGUGUUGUAAAAGCGGCUGGGUCAUUAGAAUUUUAAUAUCGUUCAGGGGCGUGAAAAAAAAAUAUGUGACGUUGCUAGGUUGCUAGCAAUGGGGGGGGGGGGAGGGGGGUUGUGAGCACUAAUUGGGAUUUUUAUAAAGUGCGUUACUUGUAUUCAUGUUUUAUAAAAUUUUCAGCCCCACCCCUAUUGCUCGAUAUUACAAUUUAUGAAGGAUUUAUACAAAAAAAUCGUAUUUUAUGGGUUCUUUAAUUAGUGUAUGAUUAAGAAUGUUGUCAUUUCCCCCCUUCCCUUUUCCCCAACCCAAUCCACUUAAACUUAAAAACAAAGUCUGCUACGUCCAGUGCUACGUCCAGUGCUACGUCCAGUGCUACGUCCAUAAUGUAUUCACGGUUCAUGUCAAACCUAAGUUUUUGUUAUUCACUUCGCAUUAGAUUGUCAUCACGUGACUUGUUCAUUAGAUUGUCAUCACGUGGCUGGUUCAUUAGAUUGUCAUCACGGGGCUGGUUCAUUAGAUUGUCAUCACGUGGCUGGUUCAUUAGAUUGUCAUCACGUGGCUGGUUCAUUAGAUUGUCAUCACGUGACUGGUUCAUUAGAUUGUCAUCACGUGGCUGGUUCAUUAGAUUGUCAUCACGUGGCUGGUUCAUUAGAUUGUCAUCACGUGACUGGUUCAUUAGAUUGUCAUCACGUGGCUGGUUCAUUAGAUUGUCAUCACGUGACUGGUUCAUUAGAUUGUCAUCACGUGGCUGGUUCAUUAGAUUGUCAUCACGUGGCUGGUUCAUUAGAUUGUCAUCACGUGGCUGGUUCAUUAGAUUGUCAUCACGUGGCUGGUUCAUUAGAUUGUCAUCACGUGGCUGGUUCAUUAGAUUGUCAUCACGUGGCUGGUUCAUUAGAUUGUCAUCACGGGGCUGGUUCAUUAGAUUGUCAUCACGUGGCUUGUUCAUUAGAUUGUCAUCACGUGGCUGGUUCAUUAGAUUGUCAUCACGUGACUGGUUCAUUAGAUUGUCAUCACGUUGCUGGUUUAUUAGAUUGUUAUCACGUGACUGGUUCAUUAGAUUGUCAUCACGUGACUGGUUAAUUAGAUUGUCAUCACGUGGCUGGUUCAUUAGAUUGUCAUCACGUGGCUGGUUCAUUAGAUUGUCAUCACGUGGCUGGUUCAUUAGAUUGUCAUCACGUGGCUGGUUCAUUAGAUUGUCAUCACGUGGCUGGUUCAUUAGAUUGUCAUCACGUGGCUGGUUCAUUAGAUUGUCAUCACGUGGCUGGUUCAUUAGAUUGUCAUCACGCGGCUGGUUCAUUAGAUUGUCAUCACGUGGCUGGUUCGAACCUUGACGACGUUCUGGGCAGAUAUUGUAUAAAAAUCCAAGCUUUAGUUGUGGAUUCCGUCGACAAAACCAACACUGACUUUAGGAUGGGGCUACGAAGCAAGAAGCAAAUCAUAGCCAGACAGAGAAAGGGGGGGGGGAGUGAGUGAGAGAGAAGCAGACAGAGAGACGGAGAGAGAGACAGACAAACAGAGAGAGAGACAGAUAGACAUACAGAGAGAGAGAGAGAGAGAGACAGACGGAGAGAGAGACAGACAGACCGACAGAGAGAGAGAGAGAGAUGGAGAGAGACAGACAGAGAAAUAGAGAGAGAGACAGACAGAGAGAGAGAGAGCUACGAACACGUAUUUUAAAAUGAAGCAAUAAACAUCUAAACGUGACCAUCCUUAUCGUGCAUACAUCGAUUAGCAUUUAGUGGGAUCAUCGGACGAGCACUCCACUUAUGUAGGUCAAUAGCCUCAGAGUCAGGUCUGGCCAGUUAUCUCAAAUGUUGUAGGUCAGGUGGUGAAAAAUUAGUUGCGAGUGAUUGAUAAAAGGGUUUCAGAUAUCUUUGGGUGUGGUUUAUUGGGGUGGCUCUACAUCCUAAUAACAUUGUUUAGAAUAGCUAUCUCAGUAUGUAGACAGUGACCACUCAGAGCAAAUGGACGUUGAUCAACUUUGAAACCUGAAAUUAUUUUAUUUUUUAUUAGAAGAAGAAGAACGAAUUGAAAUCCUGAACUCUAGACCUUGUAGAUUUUUACACUAUUAAUUGGCAUUAAUCAAAAUGAUUUGCCGUGAUACCAGGUUAAGUUUUGAAUAUUUGAAGUAUAAAGUAUACUGUUGAGGUUAAAAUUAAAGGAAACUUGCUGAAGGGCACAUGAUGAGAUAGUUACGCCAUCUAAGUGCUAAAAGAGUGAAACUUAACAUGAAAUUAAACCCACAAAAAAUAGGGCAUGCAGCACAUAUAAAAAAAAUAUUGUUAUUUAUUGAUUGGAAUGACGUAAUCAGCACGACAUUGUGAAUACAUUAUGGUGGAAUCAAUUUUUUCAUCGGAUACAUACCUGCGGGUUACCUGUGAUCGCUGGUCAUCUGACAGGAUUUAAGGGCAAGACUUAUCUUUUUUAAAUAUAUAAAUUCUAUAACCCAGAAGAUAGGUAUUUUAACUAUGGCUUUUGAACCAUGGCUUUUCAACUAUAGAUAUUUUAACAACAUGUAUUUUUUAGGUAUUCUAGCUAUAGGUAUUUUAACUAUAAGUUGUUUUUUUUAAAAUAUAGGUCAUCACUGGCGCACUCAAAGAGGCUCACUAUAAUUUAAAAUACUUUCAGCAAGAAAUUUGCAUCAACAUUUGUCCCCACUCAUCAGAAAGCAGUUAUGCCUCUUCUUUACAUUAUCGUAUCAAAUCAUAUUGAAUAUGAUAAAGUAUUCGAAUAGACAUAGGCAUGUCUUUAAAAGUCUAUUAAAUUCAUUAUCUUGGUGCUUUAUUUGGCUCAGCUUAGAUCUGUGAUUAAACUUUCUCCUGUAUGAUAUCAAUAAAUCGAAGCCGGCCAACAAUUUUCAGCUUCCUGAUUCAAGUUUGGAUUCUGCACCUCGCAUUUAAACACAUUCUUUGAUUCUGGAAUAUGGGAAUCUAGUUAAAAACUGUUUGCAUCUACAUAAUCAUCGUUAGUAAUUUUUAAGCACAUAGCUUAAAAUACCAACAGGCUAUCACUACCUGCCAUAUUAUCUAGUAUUUAUUUAUCAGAUGUUAUCUGUUAGCUAUAAUCUACUCUUACAAAUAUUAUAAUUUUAUUAAAAAUUCGCUAAUUUAUGGACCUGACUUUGAACUCUUACAUUUCUAGGAAUUAUCAUUUAUGAAGCCAACUGGAAAAAAAAAAUCCAUAUGGCCCUCUGCACAAUAAAAAGUUUCGCUACUCUAAAAUUUCUUGUUUUGUAUUUUGGCUUCAGCUGCUGUUUCCAGUCUUAACCUAUCACUUGCACUUAAUUUACAUUUUUUUUCAGGUUUAUGGUGUGACAUCAUUCAUGUUUGUCGUGACGUCUAUAGCGGGCUUUUGUCUGGAAACGCUUCCUGAACUCAGGAGCAACAUCACAACACCCUGUGAGGGAGAGAAUCCUGGACAGCUUGGCAGGGUUAGUUACCUUCCUAAACAUCGUAACAUCUAUAUAUAAUUGUGAUAGAUGAGUAGAGGUGAAGUGAUCAAACAAGAUCUAGCAAACAAUUUAAAAAUUUGGAAAUUUAUAGUAGCCUUCACUUUAUUAGAUAAAACAAGUUAGGCGAAUAAUCAGACAUCUCUGAGGUUAAGUGGUAACAUGUCUGCUUCCGGAACAAUGGUAAAUGCUUCCUUGUGCCUUGGUGUAACACAGUUCAAUAUAAACAAUCAUUCUUCCCACGAACAAUAAUUGCUUGGAACCAACUGGACGAUGUCGCCGUGGACUCAACAUCAAUCGAGAGUUUCAAGGUUGCCCUGGCACCCGCUAUGAGCCGCUAGGAUAGCCGCAUUGUUUCCCAAACCGUUGCACAUAUGCCAGUACUUGGUUGCAGCAACAUAGUCUGUCAGAAUCAGAACACCAGUAUAGCAGGUUGGACUUUGUCUGGGUUCAUCUCCAGUCCCUGGUGACAGAUAGCUGAAUGGAAUAGUAGUUUUAACCCUGAGACCUAAGCCAUUUAAGUCAGAGAGAGACUUCUACAUAAGCUAGGAACGAAUAGUCAAAUACAUUAUUCCUACACAGAAAAGUAUCAAACAAACAUACUACCUCAAAAUAUAUAGGGCCUAUAUAUAUAUAUCUUUUUUUUUUAUUUUUUUAAAUUUUUUUUUAAAAUUCAUUUAAUCUUAAAGAAGAUUGGAAAAUGUUUUUUCCUUGUGAAAAACCCUGCCAAUUAUCUGGUUUUUUAUCAUUUCAUUUGUAUACCUCACCAUUGGUUACUUAAAGUAAAUAUUUACAAUUGACAAAUGACUAGUAGGGCCUACCUGUAAAUGUUUUCAUACUUAGUGUAACAUAUUCAUUGCAGUCAGAAAUUUAACAGAAACUUAGUUGGUGUCAUGAGAUUAUUAUUUCUUUUUUUUUUCAAUCAUCAGCAUAAAGCAUAGUGCUAAGCCAGUUUUACUAGUGCUAGAGUAUCAACCUUAUUAUUCAAUUUAUUUAUUAGGUGAUGAAAUCUCAUGAAGCCUUAAAUACUCUUGAUAUCAUAUGCACCGUGUUCUUCACCUUAGAGCUUAUCUUCAGGUAACUAUACAUUUCUAAAUACUUAACAAUUUACUAAUGAAGUUUUUUUGAAAAUUUGGUAUAUUUACAAAAUUUGUUUAUUUUUAGAAAAAAAGCUAAAGCACAUGAGUUAAUGUGUGAUAAGCUAUGAGAUAGUUUUUUUAGAUGGCUUAAAAAAAAAUUUUUUUGAAGCCUCAACCGUUAACUUAAAAGGUAAUUUUGUAUGCCUUAAAUAAUAAAAUUUACAAUAAAAAAUAUAUAAUUCUUAUCUUUCACACAUGCUGUUUAUAAACCUGAAACCCACAUGUAGCCCUUGGACAAUGGGUUAAAAGAGCAAUGUUUUAAAUUAUAUUAUAGUAGUUCAUCCAUGAAUGUUGUUAAAUGUAUAUUAUUGGUCAAAAGUAGCUUAGUUACCAAUAUUAAUUAAAGUGUACAGAAAAAAAACAAUUUAAUUUUUGGAUGAAUAGUCUUAUUAACUUACGAAACUUUGCCUAGAAUUCAUUCUUGAUUUCCAAGCCAAAUUACCAGAACUGAUCUGAUUCUACAAUGUUUACUUAAGAAAUGGAUUUUUUUUUUCAUUUUUUUUAAAAGGUUCAUCUUUGCACCAAACAAAUGGAAAUUUGUUAAGUCACUGAUGAAUAUAAUAGAUUUGCUUGCCUUAGUGCCUCUCUAUGUCCAGGUAAAUUAAGCACUUUGAUUUCAUAUUUUGAAUAAAUGAUAUUCUUACAUGGUGAUUUUAUUUGUUUGAAGCAGAAAAUGUCAUUUAUGGAAAAAGAUUUGAAAAAGGAUACAUUUAUAUUUUGGCCUAGAAGCAAACAUUUUUAAAAUAAAAAUACAUGUUUAUUUAUAAUUCUAUUUAUGCAAGAUUUGAUAAAAUAUUUUAAUCCUCUUUCAGGUAAUCUUCACAGAAUCUGAUAGUAUGCAGGCAUGCUACCUAAAUGAACGCUUUGUCAUUGAAAUCAUGUUCAUUUUGCGUAUUAUCAGGAUGUUCAGGAUAUUUCAUCUGGUCAAACAUUAUCAGGCAUUAAAGGUUAGCCUGACAUUCAAAACACUACAUUCUUUUUUGAUAUUGUAUUUUGGAACCAAACAAAUUAAUUAAGCCAAUCAUGAAUUUCUUUUCAAGAGUUUGGUUUAGAUAACAUUUCACACUUUAGCAACAUACAAAAUGAAAUCCAUGUAUUAAGGUCCUAAAUACUUCAGUAAACAUUAAUUGUUUCAAAAGUAUUUUUCAUAAUAUUCUCAGGUGCUGGUGUAUGCAAUCAAAGCCAGUAUACAAGAACUGCUCAUGCUUUUUAUCUUCCUACUGAUUGGGAUGCUAAUCUUCUCCACCAUGAUCUACUAUGCGGAACGCAAGAACACAACCGAGGGGGGGGACAUGUUCCCCACCAUACCAAUGGGCUUCUGGUGGAGCAUCAUUACAAUGACUACUGUUGGCUACGGUGAUGUCUAUCCGACCUCUCCAAUAGGUUAUGUGGUAGGCACAGCCUGCUCAGUAUGUGGUGUUUUAUUGGUAGCACUCACCAUUCCCGUCAUUUCCAAUAACUUCACACUCUUUUACCGCCAUGUUCAGUCUCGUGCUGCUCUUCCACGGAGUCGAGGAGGUGAUGGUUCAGAUUAUGAAUCCGGUGACUCUGAGAAGUCAAGUUCCAGAAAAUCAUCUGCAGGAUCAAACAUGGUAGCAUACAUGAAUGGGCAUGUGACAGGUGUCAAUCCAUUCAGUCACAAACAUAAAUCCAACUCCACAGCAAGGUGGUCUCAGGGUGAAUCAACGACGAGUGUUUCCUUAAAAAAAUCUGCAUCGGACUAUGUGUUUCAAAGGAACCGUUCCUUCAGAGCUUAUUCAGAUGAUGGUGUAAUGUAUAAAGGAGAAACAGUUGUCUGA